AUGUACAAGCAGUCGAUACUUUUGCUUGCUUCAUUCUUGACCGGUGUUCUGGGCCAGAACACGUCGGCAAAGUCCUGUAAAUGCGUUCCUGGUGACGAUUGUUGGCCCUCAGAGUCUGCUUGGCAAGGACUGGAUGAGGUGGUGGGCGGCGGCUUGAUCAAAAGCACGCCUAUAGCCAACGCAUGCUACCCAGGCCAGGACGAGGACUUGGUGGAUUGCGACUACGUUGUGAACGAGUGGCCUGUCGAGGCCUUCCAAAGGGCGAACCCACUCGGCAGGGUCUUGCCAUACAAUGUCACCUGCCCUCCUGUCAACUACACGGCGGGCGAGACCCCGGGGGAUUGCAUAUUGGGCAUCAACCCUGUCUACGCUGUCAACGCAACCACUAGAGCGGCCAUCAACGCCACGUCGCAGUUUGCCAGACAGCACAACAUUCGUCUGGUAGUUACGGGAACCGGCCAUGACCUCCUGGGCCGAUCAGAUGGCUAUGGUGGUCUCGAGGUCUGGCUCAGGUACUACCGGGCCGGCAUCGAAUUCCAGAGCACCUACACAUCGUCCACCCACUGUAGCAGCCCAGGCUGGAACGGCAGCGCGAUCCGAAUCGACGGCAACUACGAGUGGCAGGACGUCGCGAAGGUAGCCGCAGCCAACAAUGUCAUCGUCACCACCGGCGGCUCGAUCGGCGUCGGUGCCAUCGGCGGCUGGCCGUCCGGGGGUGGCCAUGGUCCCGCAACUCACGCCUACGGGUUCGGCGCAGACCAAAUCCUCGAGGCUGAGGUGCUUCUGGCGGACGGCAGGAUCGUGACGGCCAAUGCGUGCCAGAACUCGGACCUGUACCGGUCUUUGCGAGGCGGCGGGCCGGGCUACGGCAUCACCCUCAGCAGCACCGUCAAGACAUAUCCCAAUGUCGAUGUUGUGACGGCACACCACCUUACUAUCGUGCCCCCUACAGAGGCAUCGAAUACCUCGGCCCUUCUCGAGUCCAUCGCAUUCAUGUUGCAGAAAUAUCCGAGCCUUAUUGAUGCCGGAGUCGGCGGCUACACCUACUGGUACAACCACUACCCUACUGUUGUUGUGAACAACUCCACGUCAGGGUACACACACAGUUUCUGGACCAUCGGCUCGGGUGAGGAUGUAGCCCGUGCAGCUCUCGAUCCCGUAGUCGAAGAACUGCAGCAGCAAUAUAACUCGUCGCUCCUCAUCCAGGACAACUACGUGACUUAUCCAGACUACUGGUCCUUUUACGACACCGAGAUGGGCCUGGACAGCCCUGAGGGGAACACGCUCAUCAUGUCAUCUCGCUUGAUUGAGCGCAACCAGACCAGCAACUUCUCAGCCGUCCACAGCGCGGUCGAGACUAUCAGCGAUGCUCUUCCUGGGCAGUACAACAGCAACUGCGUGCUUAUGGUCGGCGGCGGCCAGGUUGCCAAGGACGCCGCGGAUCAGUUCUCGGGCCUGCUCCCGGCCUGGCGGCGGGUCCCGUACGCCAUUGUUACUAUACGGGAGCUUCCUCUUCAGACAACCAACGAGGAGCGACAGUCCAUUGAACAAGACAUGCUAGCCAAGGGCGCUUACAUGAAGGCGUUUGCACCUGGAACGGGGGCGUACAUGAAUGAAGCCGACCGCAAUGAUCCUGACUACAUCGAGGACUUUUACGGCUCUCUUUACAGCACCCACCUGGCGACCAAAAAGAAAUAUGACCCGAAUGCCCACUUCUACUGUCCCACAUGUGUGGGAGCAGAGGAAUUUGUGGAAAGCCCGGAUGGGCCAUUGUGUACAGCUUGA